AUGUCACGGCCAGCCAAGGUUUCCUCAUUCGAAUUGGGUAAACAUAUCAAUGACAACGAUGCAUGGAUGGUGCUCAAUGGCGUUGUGUGGGACUUCUCUGGCUUUGGGUCCAAACAUCCUGGUGGAGAAGAGGUCAUCAAGAGCCAUCUCGGAAAGGAUGGGAGCAAGGUCUACAACGAGAUUCACAGCCCUGGAUUGGUGCUACGACACUUAGGAGAGGAAAAAAGAAUAGGAGAUAUCGAGGAUGCAGAUGUUCAGGGCGGUACCAUUAUCGCUUCGUCGCCGCAUGAUAGGCAGUUUGUUGACCUGCCAAAGCUCCAUUCCGUCAUGAAUCUAUUGCAAUUCGAACACGUGGCAGAGAGAGCCUUGACCGACAAGGCUUGGAAUUACAUCUCAGGUGCGACUGACGACGGAAUCACGGACCAGACCAACAGAGAAUAUUACCGGCAUAUCAUGUUUCGUCCAAGGGUGUUGAAAGGCGUCGGACGAGUGGACAUCAGCACUUCAUUCCUCGGCCAUAAACUUGCCUGUCCGAUCUUGAACGCUCCCACCUCGUCAGUCCGGCUGACCCAUCCCAGCGGCGAGAUGGCUAUCGCCAAAGCCUCUCAAACAUGUGGUGUCCCACCCAUCAUUCCAUCGAUGAGCUCCUUCUCGGUAUCGGAAGUUGUCGACGCCCUGAAACCUGGCCACCCGUUCUUCUUCCAACUCUAUGUUCACCGCGACCGAGCAGAGACGGAGCAAAUAUUGGAUGAAGUCUGCAGACUCGCCGCCCGAGCAAUCAUCGUAACGGUGGAUCUACCGGUCAUCAGCAAGAGGGAGACAGUCCAACGACGCCGAUAUGAAGUCGACAGCGACAGCGUCAGUCGAGAUCAAGACAUAGCGGAUAGUCGACAGCGGCAGUCAGCCCCUCCACCGGUCAACACGGUCAUUGAUCCCGACCUCAACUGGAAUGACAUCGAGUGGAUCAUGAAACGCACUGGUCUCCCUGUCCUCGUCAAGGGAAUUCAACGAGCAGAAGACGCCAAACGGGCCUUGGAGAUUGGAUGUGCAGGAAUCUACAUUUCCAACCACGGAGGUAGAGCCUUGGACACGGCGCCGCCUGCUAUAUUGGUGCUGUUGGAGAUCCAAAGGACUUGUCCUGAGGUCUUGAGACGGAUGGAAGUCGUAAUCGAUGGCGGCUUACGACGAGGGUCAGAUGUGUUGAAAGCAAUUUGUCUCGGGGCCAGUGUGGUUUGUAUUGGCCGUCCCUUUCUAUAUGCUCUUGCGUACGGGGAGGAGGGGAUGGUUCGUGCAUGGCAAAUAUUGAAAGAAGAAUUGGCGAUUGCGAUGCAGUUACUGGGGAUUACCAGCCUCGAUCAGGCACAUCCCGGGUUCGUCAAUACUCAGACGUUAGAUGCCUUCACAUCGUCUCCAAAGCCUUUUGGUGGCAGACCAACCUCAAAAUUAUAA